AUGGGUGACGUGCGAUGUCUUGUGCUGUUCCUCAAUUAUAUCGGAAUCAAGAAUCCAUUGCACGCCAGACAAGCGCCGCUUCUGGUCUCUCGUAGGGCUGUCCUCUUCAAGAUCGUGUUGGCCUGGCUUUUGUCUGCUGUCAUCACAUCGCCUCUCACUAUAAUGGGUUCAUUGAGUGCCUUCUUCUGUCCAAUGGUUGUUAUGUUGUCCUCAUAUGUACUGACAGUCAGACUAUUGAGAAGAAAAGCCAAAUUCUAUGAGGACUCCACUCAUAACUACACGAUCGGCACCGACAAGGAGUCCACAGAAUUUCAGAAAUUCAAGCGACAAACUCCAUCAUCAGGUUUGUCUACAUUUUACAAU